GGUCUCCCGUCGUCUCGUCUGCUCCACUCCACUCCCCACCGCACUUUCCUCCCCCGUGUUCUCUUCGCUCCCCUCGAGACCCCAAAAGCACCGAAAGGGGGGAGUGUGGAAGGGAAGAAAAAGCGGCGGGGUUCAAGAACGCCGGGACCCUCCGGAUUCCACCGCAAUCCUCCCGCAUUCCCACCUCUCCAAUCUCCAGAGCGCGCCGAUUCGGGGGCGGAGGCGGCGAUGGGCUCCGGAUCUUUGCUCAAGGUCCUCGCCAAGAACUUCGACGUCCUCGCAGGGCCUUUGGUUGCACUGGCUUAUCCUUUGUAUGCUUCAGUUAAGGCAAUAGAAACCAAAUCUCCUGUGGAUGAUCAACAAUGGCUCACAUAUUGGGUGUUGUACUCAUUAAUAACACUGUUUGAACUCACAUUUGCAUCAAUUAUUCAGUGGCUUCCUUUCUGGUCUUCAAUGAAAUUGAUCUUUAUUUGCUGGCUUGUCCUGCCAUACUUCAAUGGUGCAGCCUAUGUGUACCAAAAUUAUGUGAGGCCUGCCUUCAUAAAGAACCAGAUGGUCAACAUUUGGUAUGUCCCUCAGAAAAAGGGCCUUUUUGGGAAAUCUGAUGACUUCCUCACAGCACUUGAUAAGUUCGUUGAAGAAAAUGGGACUGAAGCUUUGAAGAAACUGGCAAACAAGGCUGGCAAGUCAUUUAAACAAUCUGGUAAAUCUUCAAAAGAAUCAAAACCAGCGAAGGAGUUGAAAGAAUCAAAACCAGCAAAGGAGUCGAAAGAAUCAAAAGCAUCAAAGGAUUCGAAAGAACCCAAGCCAUCAAAAGAUGCAAAGCAAUCCAAGUCAUCAAAGGAUUCGAAGGAGCUGAAGCCAUCAAAGGAUUCAAAGUCACCCAAAGAUUCCAAAGAACAGAAGAAGGCAGCACCGAAAGAUCCAAAGAAAGCAUCACUGAAGGAUUCUAAAGAACUGAAGAAAGCACUAAAGGAUUCGAAAGAACAGGAAUCUCUGAAAGAUCCAAAGGAAUAUACACCGAAGAAGCGGGUGACAUUUGCUGAGGUGGAGCCUGAGAAGGAGCUCAAGGCCUCCAACAGUGACUGGCGCCCAUCCUCUGACUUCCACAGCAUGUACCCUGAGCAAAACUCCUGGACUAGCAGCUUCAUGAUCUUCGAGGACGAAAACAGUUACUGGAACCGGGAUCCUCUCGACUGAUUGAUGCAUCAAGACAGGCAUUUUUGAGGUCACCCUGUUCAUCAUCAGCUGAGGAAAUGGAGCUCAAUCUCGCCUUUGGUGACUUCCAUCUGCCAUUCGUGCUGACUUCCCGUCAUGUAACAUAUUUGUCCGCCGUAUACCAGUAGAUUAGUGUAGAAUUCUGCAAUGUGGAUGGAUGGUGGUGGUGAACUGGAUGCUGCUAAGUUUGAGGCUGCGAGACUUUAGUUAGGAGAAUUGAGAUGGUAGUGGUAGCAGUGUGUUCUAAUUUUUCUGGUAUCUGGAUGUGUUGCCUGCUGUCAUUUGAUGCAUUUUCCAGUAUCGACGAAAUGCCCCAAAAA